AUGGCAGGUCACACUUUUGGCCUCACGGCGCGACACAUCCAGGACCAUGCGAAUGCCUCGAAUAGCAUUCCCCACUGGGGGUAUGCCGAUCGUGUCAUGCCGUGUACCAACGAUCCGGGAUCCUGCACGUAUCUCGAUGUUGUGUAUGCCGCUCACGAUUUGGGAAUGUACUACACCGGAAUCAUCUGGGCGACCAUCGGCGGCAUCUUGCUCUUCUGGGCUGUUGGACGUCACUUUUCCCGCUCGCAGCCAUCGGGCGUGCAGAUCCCGCUUGAGGCUGGAGAAGAGGUGAAGGAAAAAGGCAGCUCGUGGGAGCGGUUGCAGAAGGCGAUCCCCUCGUACGCGAGACAGUACCUCUUGCCGGAUGCCUCCAGAUUCAUCUUCGGAAGAGUCACCAGGACGCAGGUUCUGACACUCCUCGUUUUGACCGGAUAUUUGACAAUCUUCUCUUUCGUGGGCAUGGUAUACGGAAAAUGGGUCACACCAGUCAAAAAGAUGCCCGGUGUCUACAACACGCGAACGACCCUUGGUCCCUGGUCUGACCGGAUCGGCGUCCUAGCUUAUGCGCUUACGCCCCUCUCGAUCAUGUUGUCGAGCCGCGAGUCGAUCUUGUCACUAGUCACCGGAUUGCCAUACCAGAGCUUUAACUUCCUGCACCGAUGGCUCGGAUACAUCAUUUUCGCACAGUCUUUCUUCCACACGCUGGGAUGGAUCCUUGUUGAGACAUGGCUCUACCAGCCUCAGCCAAAGGUCGCGGUGGAAUGGAUCGUCCAAAAGUAUAUGGUCUGGGGUUGCGUUGCGAUUAUCCUCCUCGUUCUGCUUGUUGCCCUAUCCACACCAUGGGGCAUCCGACUGACCGGCUAUGAAUUCUUCCGUAAAGCACACUACGUCCUGGCCAUGCUUUACAUUGGCGCUUGCUGGGGCCACUGGCAUCAAUUGCAGGUGUUCCUCCUCCCCGAGACAUACCUUGUUUGGUUCAUCGACCGUGGCAUCCGGCUCGUCAGGACCGCAUUGUUGCAUUACAACUUCCUGCCUUCAGGACACAUGGGCUUCCGUGCCGCUCCAGCCAACAUCACCUUUUUCAAGGAUUCAAUCAAUGGCGAUGUUGUGCGACUGGACUUUGACCACCCGCACGAUGCUUGGGACGUCGGUCAGCACUUCUACCUCAUGUUCCCCGAGAGCAGCAUCUGGCAAUCGCACCCCUUCACACCACUCAGCCAGCCCGUGUAUGGCCAAGAUACUCAACGGCACUCGUACAUCUUCCGCGCCAAGAAGGGCGAGACGAAGAAGAUUGCUGCGCUGUCCGCUAAGCGUGCCGCGCGCUCCAACGACCACGAGGAAUCGCACGAGGGCUUGAUGGCCGACGCCAGACUCUCCGUUGUGCUCACUGGCCCCUACGGCGAACGCACAAUGCGCGAUCUCCCCGUCGACUCGAACAUUCUCUGCAUUGCCGGUGGCACAGGUAUCACUUACGUUCUCCCCGUCCUUCUUGACCUUGCCAGCCGCCCACAAUCCCUGGACCGCCGCAUGUCCCUGAUCUGGGUCGUUCGUCACCGUCGCGAUAUUGACUGGGUCGCACCCGAACUCGCCGUCUUGAAGCGCAAGUGCCCCAACCUGCGCACCGGAAUCCACAUCUAUGUCACCCGUGCUGUCGAAGACGUCGACCCAUCCGCUCCUGCUGUAUCUGAGAAAGCAACCGUGAAUGACUGUUCCAAGGAAAUCGAACCAGCCUCCUCCAACUCUGAAUCAUCAUCCGCAUCCCUCUCUUCAGCACUCUCGGUCCACGGUGUUUCGAAGGCUGAGUUGGGUCUGAACCACUACGACGCGCGACCAAGUCUCGCUACAUUGGUGCCCGAGUUCAUUAACACGACUGUACGAGGCAGGACCGAUGUGUUUGCGUCCGGGCCGGGCGAGAUGAUUAGUGACUUGAGGAGCAUCGUUGCUGCAUCGAACAAGGGUGGAGAGGUCUGGAAGGGCGAGGACAGGUGGGAUGUACGGCUGACGUGCGACGAUCGGUUGGAGUGGUAG